AUGGAUCCCUUGUUCACCACAACUGAUGUAAAAUUGCCAAGCAAUUGGACUAACCGUUCAGGGGUCAAUGGAACUGAUCAGGACUGGAACCAGUUUGUGCAACCCGUUUGGAGAAUUGUGCUAUGGGCAUUCGCCUACAGUUGCAUGGUUACUGUGUCUCUGGUGGGGAACGUCGUUGUAAUUUGGAUCAUUAUGGCGCAUAAACGAAUGCGAACUGUGACCAACUAUUUUCUGUUGAACCUCGCGUUUGCUGAAGCGUCUAUGUCUGCCUUCAACACCGUUAUCAACUUCAUCUAUUCCGUGCACAACGAGUGGUACUUCGGGCUGAUGUACUGUCGCUUUCACAACUUCUUCCCCGUCGCUGCUGUCUUCGCUAGUAUAUACUCUAUGACUGCGAUAGCGGUGGACAGGUACACUGCCAUCAUCCACCCCCUGCAGCAACGCAUGUCAUCCACAGAGACCAAGGUAAUCGUGGGGGUGAUCUGGGUGCUGGCUCUGCUUCUGGCCUUCCCUCAAUACUACUACUCAGUAACCGAGGAGCUCCCUGGACGAAUCAUUUGUUACAUCGAGUGGCCCGAAUACACUGGCUGUGACUACAAAAUUCUGUACUACGUAUGUGUGACUGUGCUGAUCUACUUCCUGCCUCUGCUGGUGAUGGGCUGUGCCUACCUGGUGGUGGGCCUCACCCUCUGGGCCAGUAACAUACCUGGAGACUCCUCUGACCGCUACAAGGAGCAGCUCACUGCCAAACGCAAGGUGGUGAAGAUGAUGAUCGUGGUUGUGUGUACGUUUUCUCUCUGCUGGCUGCCCUACCACGUGUAUUUCCUGCUCCACCUGUUCUUCCCCCUCCUGUUUGAGACGCUCUACAUCCAACAGGUGUACCUGGCUGUCAUGUGGCUGGCCAUGAGCUCCACCAUGUACAACCCUAUCAUCUACUGCUGUCUCAACGACAGGUUCCGAGCUGGCUUCAAGCAGGCCUUCAGCUGCUGUCCCUGUGUCCCGACCGGCUCCUACGAGGGUCUGGAGCUCAAGUCCACACGUUACCUGCAGACCCAGGCCAGCAUGUACAAGGCCAGUCGCAUGGAGACCAACGUGUCCUCCGUGAUGCAUGUGGCCGACGACCUGGAGCCUCCCAGGUUUGGGGCCCUAUCUGUGGCUGGGUGUGGGUCCGAGGCGCAGGGGGUUAGCGGAGGGGGAGGGGGGUUGUGUGCAGUAGCGGCACCCAGGUGCUCCUCUCUGGACCUGACCUCUAACGGCUCUUCGUCCCGCAGUGUCUCCAAGAAUGUGUCGGAGACCUCCAGCUUCUACUCUAGCAACAACCUGCCUGAGUAGAGAGGGGAAAGGAGAAUCAGGCACCGCUAAACACUAUCUCACUAUACCUGCCCAUGGGGGCUGUGUUUGUGUAUGUGUGUGCAUGCGUGUGCACAUAUAUUCCAUCCAUGUUUGUCUUUGACCAUUUACAUAAUGUCCUUUUUUAAAUUUAUUUUGGGCAUCAAGUCUACCACCUGUGGCUGAGGCUUGGUUGGUUCCCCUUCAGAGGGCAGUGCGCUUAUCCAGUGGUCCUUGGUUUAAACUAAGGCAAUAAGGCAUAUCUAGGGCACACUGCCUGGUACCUGCUAUGGCCCAGAGAGAUACUGUAAGGGCUGGGUUCAUGACUGGGUAACAAGACUGGGUCAAUACGGGACAGGACUGGGUCAAUACAGGACAAGAUUGGGUCAAUACAGGAUAAGACUGGGUCAAUACAGGACAAGACUGGGUCAAUACAGGACAAGACUGGGUCAAUACAGGACAAGACUGGGUCAAUACAAGACAGGACUGGGUAAAUAAAGGACAAGAUUGGGUCAAUACAGGAUAAUACUGGGUCAAUACAGGACAAGAUUGGGUCAAUACAGGAUAAGACUGGGUCAAUACAGGACAAGAUUGGGUCAAUACAGGACAAGACUGGGUCAAUACAGGACAAGACUGGGUCAAUACAAGACAGGACUGGGUAAAUAAAGGACAAGAUUGGGUCAAUACAGGAUAAUACUGGGUCAAUACAGGACAAGAUUGGGUCAAUACAGGACAAGACUGGGUCAAUACAGGACAAGACUGGGUCAAUACAAGACAGGACUGGGUAAAUAAAGGACAAGAUUGGGUCAAUACAGGAUAAUACUGGGUCAAUACAGGACAAGAUUGGGUCAAUACAGGAUAAGACUGGGUCAAUACGGGACAAGAUUGGGUCAAUACAGGAUAAGACUGGGUCAAUAGGGACAAGAUUGGGUCAAUACAGGACAAGAUUGGGUCAAUAUAGGAUAAGACUGUGUCAAUACAGUACAAGAUUGGGUCAAUACAGGACAAGACUGGGUCAAAAUAGGAUAAGAUUGGGUCAAUACAGGACAAGAUUGGGUCAAUACAGGACAAGAUUGGGUCAAUACAGGACAAGACUGGGUCAAAAUAGGAUAAGAUUGGGUCAAUACAGGACAAGACUGGGUUAAUACAGGACAAGACUGGGUCAAUACAGGACAAGAUUGGGUCAAUACAGGACAAGAUUGGGUCAAUACAGGACAAGAUUGGGUCAAUACAGGACAAGAUUGGGUCAAUAUAGGAUAAGACUGUGUCAAUACAGGACAAGAUUUGGUCAAUACAGGACAAGACUGGGUCAAUACAGGACAAGACUGGGUCAAAAUAGGAUAAGAUUGGGUCAAUACAGGACAAGACUGGGUCAAUACAGGACAAGACUGGGUCAAUACAGGAUAAGACUGGGUCAAUAUAGGAUAAGACUGGGUCAAUAUAGGAUAAGACUGGGUCAAUACAGGACAAGACUGGGUCAAUACAGGACAAGACUGGGUCAAUGCAGGACAAGGUUAAUACAGGACACAGCACUAACUGAACCCGAUAACAUUCACACUAUCCACACACCUUCAACUAUCAGAAUGUAUCCAAUACUUAUCUAGCAAUUGACAUUUGCUUCUAAGGACCCACUCACCACACACACACAGUGGUGUAUGAGUUCAUAUUACCACCCGUACUUCUGAAUGGUGCAUUAAUGUUUGAUUGCCGCCCCCGUGCUGGAAGUACAGUCAGUCCUCACAGUAUAGUGGUUUUCUCAGCUUGUCAGAAACAUAUGCCAUUCCUGCCAUUCAUGUAGCAUCUCCUCAGCCCCUAUAGUGGAGCCCAGGGUUAACAAGCCCACACUCCAUAGGACACACACUUUGAAACAGAUUAUUGUGGUUGAGGUGUGUUUAGCUGGUGCCCUGUCAGUAUGUAGACUUCAGUGGAAUAAUGUGGGAGCUGAACAAACAGACCCUAACCUGAACAGUGAUAGUCAGCUGUGUACAAGACAACAGGAGAGAAAAGUGGUGUGAUUACAGAGGCAGAGAAACUGCACUGUGAGGACUUCCUCUUAUACAGCAUGAUCUUAUUGACAGUAAAGGCUAGAUGGAUUGUGUUUUCGGGGAUGAUGUUAGUUCUUGUAACUAGCGAUGGGAAGAUGUGCCUGGAUACUUAUAGCAUAAUGCAGAUAUGAGAGGAAGGGAGGCAGCUUCGAGGCCAUGCUCUCUUUAUGAGACCUCUGGGUCUCAAAUGGAACCCUAUUCCCUUUAUAGUGCGCUACUUUUGACCAGAGUCCUAUGGACCCUGUUCAAAAGUAGUACACUAAAUACGGAAUAGGGUGUCAUUUGGCAUGCAACCUCUGUGUGAGACUGAGUCCAGCAGCAAGGAGCUAUUUUAGCUGUGUAUAAUGAUUAUUGAUGUGUCACAGCAGUUCCUGUCUACCCUGCCAUGAAACCCCACAAUGACACAUUGUAUGAUGUUCAGCACACACAUCCCCACACGAUCACACAUUCUCAAAUAGACACACUGACACCCACAGUUGUUCUCACAUCAGACAGAGGCACACCCCCACACACAUUUUGACCAGAGUAAAAUGAGCACUGUAGUCAUCUCAGAUCUCCGGCAGGUGUGAUGUGGAGUUCCAGCCUGUUCACACUAGGUCAACAUGAUCUAGAGGACAGAGAGGACAGGAGGGGUAACAGAGGGUCAACAUGAUCUAGAGGACAGAGAGGACAGGAGGGGUAACAGAGGGUCAACAUGAUCUAGAGGACAGAGAGGACAGGAGGGGCAACAGAGGGUCAACAUGAUCUAGAGGACAGAGAGGACAGGAGGGGUAACAGAGGGUCAACAUGAUCUAGAGGACAGAGAGGACAGGAGGGGUAACAGAGGGUCAACAUGAUCUAGAGGACAGAGAGGACAUGAGGGGUAACAGAGGGUCAACAUGAUCUAGAGGACAGAGAGGACAGGAGGGGUAACAGAGGGUCAACAUGAUCUAGAGGGCAGAGGGGACAGGAGGGGUAACAGAGGGUCAACAUGAUCUAGAGGACAGAGAGGACAGGAGGGGUAACAGAGGGUC